AUGCUUGCGUGGCGCAUUGCAAUGCCGCCUCGAGUUGAGAGGAUUAAGGUUAGCGGUGGUUCAAAAUGCUUUCUUUCUUGGAAAGGGAGUGGAGAUAGCGUUGCUUUGAUGAAUCUGCAGGACCAAAUGAUCUUUUCGUUCGGAGUAGUACGGGAACAUGCAUGGUCACCGACAUUUAUCAGCUGUGUUGGGUACUAUCACGACGAUAAGUGA